AUGGAUGCAGAUAUGGAGACAUUGUCCGCGGUGAUCAGCAUGCUGGCGAGCGCCGCGGUUGUUCUCUCCACCUGCAUUUCGUUUAUUUCUCUGUACCCCUCUGGAUCGAGAAAUGCUAGACGGAGGAGGGACACCUUCAACUGGCUAGUCGAGCAGCUGAGACCAACUUUGGAGCGGCAAAGCACAGAGAUGCGUGAGCCGGUGCCUGUGGAUGAGAGGGUGGCCAUCGCUGUUUGGUGGCUGGCAAACACUACAAGUUACAGGCUUGUGGCCAAUCAAUUCGGCAUUGCACGGUCCACGGUGGCGGGCAUUGUGGUGGAGGUUACCCUGGCCACGGAGCAGGAGCUUCUAACUCGUGCAGUUUACCUAGGACCAUAUCAGAGGGUAGAACAGAUCAGGCGGGGAUUCUCCAGGUUGGGAUUCCCGUGGUGCAUUGCGGCGCUGGAUGGAUGUCAUGUGGCUAUCCGGGCACCAGCGGGGCAAGCGGAUGAAUACAUCAAUAGGAAGCAUUUCUUCUCCAUAAUUUUGCAGGCCACGGUGGACCACACGGGUCGUUUCACUGAUGUGGUGAUUGGGUAUAGUGGGAAGUGCCACGACGCCUAUGUGCUGCGUAGCUCAAAUCUAAUUGAUUUGAUGGACGCAGGUGAGUGGGUGCCCGGAAACCCAACACUUACAAUAGAGGGACUUCAGGUUCCACCACUCAUUCUGGGUGAUGCAGCCUACCCCAUUCGUCAUUGGCUGAUGACCCCGUACACUGGUCACCUCUCCCCCGAGCAGGCACGAUACAACAUUGCUCACAGCAGAUCUCGUUGUGUGGUGGAACGUGCCUUUGGUCGCUUGAAGGCACGUUGGCGGUGCUUGCUUUCCGAACUUCCGGUGGAACUUCGGAAUGUCAAUGCGAUUGUUGCUUCCUGUGUGAUUCUGCACAACUUGUGUGAUGCCAGAGGUUAUGAAGCCCCCAUCCUCCCAUUGAAUGACCCACCUGUGGUUGUGCCUGAUGAAGAGGAAGAGGAUGAUGACAAUGUUGAUGAAAGGCAGCGUGAUGAGGGCAGAGAGGUUCGUUCCGCGCUGACAAGACAUCUGCAGCGUGUUGGAAGAGUCGCCUGA